AUGCAUUUCAAAGCUACAGCUAUUCCGUUGGCUGCCCUUUCUGCGACAGCAUUUGCUAAGGACUCUCGAACAUUCGCUGUGAACCACUUCUAUGGCCAGGGUCCGCUAACAAUGGGCCGUAUGGAUCCCAUCGUCAGUCCCGGUACUGCAUCCAGUCAUGUGCACGCGAUCCAGGGGGGUAGUAACUUCAAUUUGACUAUGGACAACGAUGUUCUGUUAGACUCACGUUGCACUUCUUCCCUCGUGCAGGCGGACAAGAGCAAUUACUGGACUCCGGCCUUAUACUUCCAAGAUCCGACAAAUGGAAGCUUCAUCUCAGUUCCCAUGUUUUACAUGAAUGUCUACUACUUGUGCGUAGCUUUGAGGUCCAGCACUUUUGAGAGAUCAAGUUGCCCGCUAAUAAAGAACAGUUUCGAACCGACCGAUGAUGAUAUCAAAGCCUUCCCUGUCGGCCUCCGCAUGGUCAGUGGGAACUAUAGCCUUCGAACUCCCCCACCGGGCGGAGCUGCCAAUGUCCUAGACACGAAUGAAGGCGACAUUCAACCAGUUCAGUGGACAUGCCCACGGACUUCCUAUGAUCCUCCCUCGUAUCCUGCAGAUUCCGAUGGAUUGCAUGGUGUUGGGAUUCAAGACCCGAAUAAUGCUGGGGCUGGGGCUGGCUUCCCGGAUAUGAACUGUGACGGAUAUGCAUCCCCUCUGCGUGCUGAUAUUCACUUUCCUUCUUGUUAUAACCCCGAGGCUGGCCUCGAUGACUUCAAGAGAAAUGCGGUUUUCCCAAGCAGCAAAGGAACCACAGGGGGCAAAGCGAAUUGUCCGACAGGUUGGACUCACCUCCCUCAUAUUUUCUACGAAGUUUACUGGAACACCCCUUUGUUUGUGGACAUGUGGGAGCAAGGAAAUGGCACGCAACCCUUUAUUUUGGCAAAUGGAGACCGCACUGGGUACUCUCUUCAUGGGGAUUUUGUUGGUUUUUUAAUCCUGAUGAGUCCUUGGUACUAUAGCUAA